UCUUGUAUUUUUGUUGGGUUUUUACUGGUAUAAUUCGUGCUUCUAUCUCCAUGAAUUUUAUGUUUCUUUCUCAAGAAUGUUGUGUUAUGAUUGAUAUUACUUGCUUUGUUGCUAUUGUUGAUUUUUUUUUUAAUUGGUUAAGUACACACGCACACGGGUACACACCUUUGACAAAACCAAGGCAAUUCUGUUAUCAUUGAUCUUAAUUACUCUUCUUGUAAGGGGGUGAAAGUCUUUGGAAACCUUAGGGCUUUAUUUUUUUUCCCCUUAAUCUGGUCUCUUGAUGAAAGCUUAUUUGGUGGAAGUUCUGCUUCAGCUUAUGGACUGAAAUCAAUGAUUUUUAAGGUUCCAAAAAGUUUUUUUUUUUUUAAAUUAAAAUUGUAAGUAGAAUAUUAGCAUGGGGAUGCUCUUCCUUGGUUCUUAGAUUGGAGCCAAAAUAAGUGACUACUUAAUACUCUGUAUUCUGCUAUUAAUGAAGUUUUGAUGUUGACUUUUGAGUUUGAAGGAGAUAUCAAAGUGAAAAAUGAAUAGAGUAGAGAACAUAUGUAAGGAAACACAAUUCAAUAAUUAAUUCUGAUUUGAGAAGUAAAAACAUCAUUCCUGAUGAAAUUGAUCCCUUUCAAUGAAAAUGCACAAGCAAUGGAUUAUCCAAUGCUAAGAUUCUUAUUGUUCAUCUCCUGAAUAUUUGAAUUCCUGUGUGGUUGUGUGUUCCAUUGACCACGGUGAUUUCACAGCCAUACCACUUCUAAACUGAUUGGUGACUAAGUAAAACAGUGACCGCAUUCAAGCAGGAGCUUAGUGCUGAGUAUGUAGAAAAUUGAACUAACAGAAAGUAGCAAAUGAAAAGCACAAUGUAAUGCCUGAUAUCCACGGCAUAGAAAGGCAGCAACGUGAGUUCAGUUUAUGACCUUUUAUAGAUUGCAACUAUGGCUGAUAAAAUAACAACAGAGAACGUUUUGAACCUGGUAGAAACCCUUGCUGACCGUGUUUCGCAGCAGAAAUCUGUGUCCUUCGAGGAAGGGACAAGCUCAGUAACUUCUAAAUUCAAUCGGCUGUUUGGACGUGAGAAGCCGGUCCAUCAUCUUCUAGGAGGUGGAAAAUCUGCUGACGUUCUCCUAUGGAGGAAUAAGAAAAUAUCAGCUAGUGUAUUAUCUGGUGCAACACUCAUCUGGGUACUCUUUGAGUGGCUUAAUUACCAUCUUCUGACACUCAUAUGCCUUGCAUUGGUUCUUGGUAUGCUUGCUCAGUUUGUUUGGACAAAUGCUUCAGGAUUAUUUAACAGAUCCUCAUCUAAGGUCCCCCGCCUUGUGCUACCUGAUGAGGUAUUUGUUAGUGUUGGGAGAUCAAUUGGAGUUGAGGUCAACUGUGCUUUGCAGUUUCUUCAGGAUGUAUCAUGUGGAGGAAGUUUGAAACAAUUUGUUGUGAUUGUCGCGAGCUUGUGGGCUGCUGCUGUCAUUGGGAGCUGGUGCAAUUUUCUAACUGUUCUAUAUAUUGGUUUUGUUGCUGCUCACACUUUGCCAGUCCUGUAUGAGAGGUAUGAAGAUCAAGUGGAUGACUUUGUUUACAAGGUACUUGAACAGCUUCAAGGUCACUACCGAAAGCUGGAUGCUGGUCUCCUCAGUAAGAUCCCUAAGGGAAAACUCAAGGGGAAGAAGCACGAAUAGAUUUAUGUGGCUAGAUACUACAGACUUUAAUGGUUAUGUAGGUUUUUCAUUUUUUUUUUGGUUUGUGAGAAAUUGAUUAUGCAGUUAAUUACUUUGUUGUUGAAUAUUGAACAAAUGCUAUGGUAUCUUUCAUGUUCAGUAAACAAUUUUCAAUGUGCA